AUCCUUAUUCCACCCGCUUCCUGCUUCUGACCGCUUAUCGGCCUCGUCCAGACACCAGAUUCGCACCCUAUCCACCUCUCUAUCCGCUCAAUAACCCCGCAAGAUGUCUAUGAAAGAAGUCAUCGUCGACCCCGACCUCGAAAAGACAAAGAUCGUCGAAUCGCCUAUCCCCUCCCCCGGCCCCCAUGAAGUUCUCAUCAAGGUCGUGGUAUCCGGAUCAAACCCGAAGGACUGGAAGUUCCCCGUCUACUCCAACACUCCAAUGAACUCGGGCGACGACAUCGCCGGUGUCGUCGAGAAACUCGGCUCCGAAGUCCACGGCCUCCACGUCGGAGACCGUGUGGCCGCCUUCCACGAGAUGGGCAAACCCCACGGCUCGUUUGCAGAGUACGCAAUCGCCUACGACUACUGCACCUUUCUCAUCCCGGACUCGCUCUCGUUCGAGGCAGCCGCUACCUUACCGCUCGCGACCCUCACCGGCGCUUACGGCCUCUUUGAUAUCCUCGGCCUGCCUACGCCUUGGCGCCCUGCGACCGAGGAAAUCCCGCUCAUCAUCUACGGCGCCUCGACCUCUGUCGGGUACUUCUCGAUCCAACUCGCCAAGCUCGCAGGCAUCCACCCGAUCAUCGGCGUCGCAGGCAAGUCAAAACAAGUCGCCCUCGACGCCGGCUGCGACUUUGUCGUCGACUACACCGCGACAGACGACAUCCCCGCCGCCAUCCGCUCGUACCUCAAGCCCGGCCAGAAGCUGACCUACGCAUGGGACUGCAUUUCCGAAAAGGGCUCGACCGAGGCCGUCGUCGCCGCGCUCGAACCCGGCAUGGGCUCCAAGAUUGCGCAUAUCCUGCCCGAGGCGUUCGAGCCCGAGAAGCUCGCAAAGUUCGGCGUCGACAUCAAGGUCGAGUCUGUCGGCGCCGCGCACAGCGAGGAUCCCGCGCGUCGCGACUUUGCGUGGGUGUUUUACCAGCAACUGAGCAAGUGGUUGUUCGAGGGCAGAUAUAAGACCCAUAGCUACGUCGCGGUCGAGGGUGGUCUUGCUAGUGUUUCAAAGGGACUUGCGGAUCUUAUGGCUCAUAAGGUCAGUGGACAUAAGAAUGUCUAUCGUAUUGCUGAUACUCCUGGUUUGUAAUCGAACAAUGUAAAGCGUAAGCUCAUAGAAAAAAAACAUAGACUGAAUAUUUCUUAUUGCAAA